AUGGCUAGUUCAAGCACAGAUAACUUGCCUGCUAAGGCGGCCUCUGACGACGAUGGCAUUUCUCUGUCUACUCGUGCUCAGGAAGGAUUGGAAAAUUACAUACACGACUUGUCUUUGAAUGACAAACAGAAACCUGCCGGAACGGAUGAAGAGUUAUUGCAGGACACCGAUCAGCAAGAACCCAUUGGCAGCUUUAUUGCAGCUGACGAAGUGCCUGAUUCCGCUGCCUCAAUGUCCGACCACACAGCUGUCGAGUCUCCUUUAGAGACUACUCCCCCAUUAGAUGUUCACCGUUCUUCUGUUCCGGAUACGCUCUCCGCGCAGUCGGGAAACUCCAUCGAUGACAUCUCACGUUCUAUCGACGAGUUUGCUAAUGGUCUGACGGGCGAAGACUCCAAGCCGGAGGCAAACGAAGAGUCUGAGCAGGAGUUGGCUGAGCCAGAAAAUAAAGCACAGGCUAAGUCUGAGGUGGAAACAGAGGAGUUUAGAGGCCAGUUUUUGAACGAUUUCGAUACUAGCGAGGAACAGGAGCAUUCAGAGAUACAUAAUGAUACCAUUCGCACCUCCUUCGACGCAUCAACAGACACUUCGUCGAAUCGUGCUCCCGACGAGCAGUCAUCGUUGUCGUACUCUUCCCGCCUCUCAAACUCCCCAUCAGACAGGUUCUCGUGGCAACAGAACGACGACCAGUUUUCGCUUGCAGGCCACGAUACAAGAUCGGUGAGCUCCUCGGGCUCAUUGUCGACCGGACGCACGUACGAUUUGUCAGAUAGCUACUCCGAAAGCGUGCUGGGAGAAGAGUCCGAGGCAGACCAGUUCAGACAGAAUUUUGUGCGCCAAAACACAAAAGACACAGUCAGACCGGUGAGGUCAGAGACUCUGGGGUCUUCAGUAUACGAAGAUCCUAGAAGCGAGCGAUACCAGGGAAGAAGCCCCAUAGUGAAGCCCCCUAUUCAGCAGGCCCGUGUGCGAUCCAUGUUGAUUGACGAAGUGCCGGAACCUCGCACCAACAGUCGAGUUGCAAGCGAGACGUCGCAAGAUACCAAGGAGACAAAGGAGACUAUCAGGGAGACACCUGCCAUAACGACUUUCCCCAACGUGGACCUGAAAAAAAUCAUGCAGCUACCAACGACCGAAAAACGGCUGGCAGCGCUGCAGAAAGCAAGACAGGAACUUAUGGAGUACGACACUGGGCUUUCUGGGUACCUGCACGAGGCCAUCAAGGCCGGCUCCAAGUCGUUUGCCAACACUGACUCACAAUUGGGGCCGAACGUGCUGAACGCGUUCAAAAACUCAGACCAGUACCACUCAAGCACCCCGUCAACAGCAGAGCUGGCAAACGACCUUCUACGCACCUCGUCCGUGAUCAAACAGAAAGGACGCAACUUGCUACGGAAAAUACAUCUGAAAUGA